AAGAAAGAGAUGGGAGGGAGGGAGGAGUAUCGCUGCUCAUAUUCACCGCAGAACAACACGAUUCUUAGUCGACCGCUGGAUAUACUCCCGUGAACAGAUAGUGCGCAGUGACAAUAAAAGCCAAGCCAGAUGUUCAACAGGACCACACCUUUGUGUUCACCUCACCAAGAUUCGGGUGUUGCUCCGUUCAUCAACGUGCCAGAUGUCUAUUACAUGUAUCCAGUGUGUCCCGCAGACAGAGCGCCGAUGUACUUGCCCCCGCCUUUGCUGCUGCACAGUGUGACGCCCCCAAGCGUGCCAACAACACAGGAGAAGUGUUACGACCGUCAUGACAAAACACUUAAAUUUGUCGAUGGAGAGGAUGAUUUGGACUUUUUGUAUGAAGGCUUCAAAUCUCUCAGAGCUCAGAUGUCCUGUGGUCACGCUGUGACUCCGACCUCUCUCACCAACUGGUGUCGCAGAUUGUUGAACCAGGGUGAAAGCAGGUUUGUGUGUGGUGCGUCUGGUUGUAACGUCGAGUGGACUUUUGCAGAGGUUUGUAAAAUGGCUCUGCUGACGCCUCAAGAAAAUGCAUAUUUUCGAAGAACCAUGGCGUUCAACGCUGCCAGGCAGACACAUACGACUAAGAUGUGUCCUGGCUGCAGAUCCACUGUGACGAGAGAGAAUGAAUCAGAUUUGAAUGUCCUCUGUAAAGUGUGCACAGCAGUAAAAGGACGGCCGUUUGAAUUCUGCUGGCAGUGUUUGAGGGAGUGGAAGGGUGCACGGCCUCGGAAAGACCGCUGUGGAAAUCGUGGCUGCUGCAACCAGUCAUUAGAGACACUAAAAAAAUGCCCAACUAUCACCUUUGGUUCAGUGAAGGAGUGUCCCUCUGUUCGUGCCUGUCCCACUUGUGGGUUACUGUUGGAGCACAGCAAGAAGUAUUGUAAAUCGGUUCACUGCCCUCGAUGCAAUGUGUCAUUUUGUUUUGUAUGUCUGAAGAGCUCCGGUACAUGUUUGAUAACCAGGUGUAUUCCUGCCCCCAGACAGACCUCUAUACCUGUCUGGCAGAAGAAAUAAUGGGAAAGACACAAGGCUGUUAAGUUUCGCUUUCUUUAAAUUAAGAGUGUCUUUUCCAAAUCAAUUGACCAUGCUGUGUUUUUUAAUUCUCUGCUUUAAAUGUCAUCGCAUUAAAAAAAAUGAUGGUAGUGAGAAAUGUAUUACCAAAUAUGAUCUUUGCAGCUGUGUCAUGUCUGAACUGUAAUGAUAAAUCUGAUAAAUGCCAUUCAUUCAUAAACUUAGAAUAAGGUUAAACAUUCUGUGUGCACAUCCUGUCCUCUGGUUACUUACAUAUAUAACACAUGUCGUCUCCUUAUCACACAUUUUGUUUGUUUUGCAAACUACGUGAUAUUAAAUCUGUUUAGAACAAAUGUUUUGUGUAGGAAAAUCUUGUUUUGUUUAAUCAAUGUCAAUGCUCUUAUUUCCUCAACUGUUUCGAGCAAAUGUGUCUUUUAAUAAAACUUUGUUAUGUUUAAUUAAAGUCAUUGUGUAAAACAUUCAGCAUAUUUAAGUUAAUUGUUUCAUUUUCGAAAUUAAAAAUAAAAAUGUGUCUCUGAGGAAGAAAAGCUUGCAACACCAUAUUUAAUACAAGCCUGUAGAUUUUUUUUCUGCCUUUUUGUUUCUUAGUGUAUAGAAAAUGAACACUGUCAUGUAAAAUGUGAUUUUUUACUAUACAUUGUUAAAAAAAAUAUGGUCCAAAUGAAAUGUUGAUUUGAAAGUUAAAUUAAUACAGUGACUGAGUUAAAAUGCAGAUUUUUAAUUAUUAUUAUUGUUAGGUUAGUCAUACAGUCUCAGGAAGAGAAGGCUUCAUCACUUUGUGCUGCUGAGUUGGGGAAUGCAGGAAAACCUGUUUUCAUUCUGUUCUUCAUUUAGACAAUAUAAAAUAUUUAACUCUUAAUCUGAUUAAAGUUUAGCUGUUUGAAGGCUAACUUAAAUUCCAAGUUUCAGUGUGAAUCCAGGGAUAUCAGUAUAAUUUUUACUCUUUUUAAAUGAUGUAAAAUCAUUGUUAACGUAUUCACAUGUAAGUCACAGCAUGUAUUGCACUGAGGUAAACAUUUUACAGAAGAAUUUCUAUCUCUAUUUAACAUCCAAGCUCUGAUAUGUAAUGUUCCAAGGAGCAAAGGUGUCUCGCUUUUUCCCCGGACAUAAAGGUUUACUAGGCUAAAUAAAAUAAAAUAAAACAUCAAUCAUCUUUGCUUCCAGAGUCCCACUGCUCUACUUUCGCAAUGGUUGUCCACACCUGCUUCAACCUCUCCCUGACAUAGGUGGUGCUACUUUUUGCACCAGGUUUGCUGAUCUUGAUCUUUGGAAAAUAGCCCGAGCCCUUUAGACUUAUUGCCAGGUUCCCAACCCGAGCUUUUGAUCACAGG